GUUGGUGUAAUUUCAUUAAUCAAUUCAAAUGCGACCAGAUCAGAUUCUAUUUAAAUAGCAGACCUGUGUAUAUUUGCAUGCCACGUGAAACUUGAAAGAGAAAGACAGAACCAGCUAUCUUCCGCUGCUUUGAACAAGUAGCAGAGCAAAACAUGAGGCCGAAGAUUUACCUUUUUGGUGAUUCGAUCACGGAGGAGUCGUUCGGCGACGGUGGCUGGGGUGCUUCUCUUGCCCACCAAUUCUCUCGCACGGUUGAUGUGGUGCUGAGAGGUUAUAGCGGGUACAACACUCGGUGGGCUCAGAAGGUUCUGGAGAGGGUUUUUCCGGGGAGUCAAGACGGCGGCGGUGAAGCGCCUUUAGCUGUCACCGUCUUCUUCGGCGCUAAUGACGCUUGCCUUCCCGAUAGAUGCUCUGGUUUUCAGCACGUGCCGGUUGACGAGUACAAGCAAAACCUCCGCUCCAUUGUCUCCUUCCUCAAGAAGCAAUGGCCUACUACUCACAUUAUUCUCAUCACACCUCCUCCAAUUGAUGAAGAUGGACGCCUUCAAUUUCCCUAUAUUGAGAAUCCAUUGAAUCAGCCCGAGAGGACAAAUGAAGCUGCUGGUGCUUUUGCAGAGGCUUGUGUCGCCGUAGCUCGAGAAAGUGGUCUUCCAGUAAUAGAUCUCUGGACCAAAAUGCAGCAGUUUCCUGACUGGCAGAAAGCUCAUCUAAGGGAUGGUUUGCACCUUACUCCGCGGGGAAACAGACUCGUUUUUGAGGAAGUGGUUGCGAAGCUGAGGGAUGAAGGAUUGAGUCUAGAAAGUUUGCCAGUUGAUCUCCCACUUAUAGCUGAUAUUGACCCUAAUGACCCUCUUAAGGCUUUUCAGAAGUGAGAGGAGACUGGAAAACAUGUGUACCAUGGACAAGAACUUCAGCUUAUUUUGGUACUAUACUAGCUUUGAAAACCCUGAAAAACAAACUGAUUAGAGACCAGGUCAUGCUGAUCUGUGGUUUUAUUUUGGCUGAGGUUCUCUUUCAUUCCGCAAACAUAUAUAAAUUUCACUUUCAGUCUUACUUUUGUACAAGUCUGCUCGAUUAUCAUGAACAGAACUGUGUUUGUAUGAUUAAUUAAGGUUAAUUUCCGGUA